AUGGCUGUCUUCAGGCUCUUUGUUGUACUUCUUUCCAUUUGCAUCCUUUCCUUCAUUCCUAAUGCUUGUCAUGGGGCCAGCAAAAUGAAUGUCAUUGAUCAAUGCUGGAGAAUGAAUCCGAAUUGGCAGAGAAGCCGACAACAUCUGGCUACUUGCUCUGUGGGGUUUGCAGGGAAAAUGACCAACAAUGUUGGGAAAAAUGUUAUAUGGUAUAAGGUCACCGAUCCUAGUGACGACCCUGUGAAUCCCAAACAAGGGACAUUAAGAUAUGGAGCUACCAUGAUCACAGGAAAAGUCUGGAUCACUUUUGAGAAGAACAUGGACAUUAAACUUGAGAAACCUCUUCUUAUUAGCAGCCAUACUGCCAUUGAUGGUCGUGGCGUUGAUGUCAGCAUUGAAGGCAUCGGAUGCCUCGUGGUGUACAAGGCAACCGACGUGAUCAUCCAUGGCCUCAAGAUUCACCAUUGCAAGGCACAGGGACCUAGCUCAGUCAUGGGACCGGAUGGGAAACUAAUGCCGUUAGGUCAGAUGGAUGGGGAUGCCAUAAGGCUGGUCACUGCAUCUAAGGUUUGGAUAGACCACAAUACAUUAUACUCGUGCCAGGAUGGUCUUCUUGAUGUCACUCGUGGAUCUACGUUUGUUACUGUUUCUAACAAUUGGUUUAGAGACCAAGACAAGGUUAUGCUUCUUGGACAUGAUGAUGGGUAUUUAAGAGACAAGAACAUGAAGGUCACGGUUGCCUUCAAUCAUUUUGGUCCUAAUUGCAACCAAAGAAUGCCUAGGGUUCGCCAUGGAUAUGCACAUGUAGCUAACAAUCUUUACCUGGGAUGGGAACAAUAUGCAAUUGGAGGAAGCAUGAAUCCUAGCAUCAAGAGUGAAUCCAACCAUUUUAUUGCACCUGCACAAUCCGGAAAGAAGGAGGUAACUUGGAGAAAUACGGAGAUAGGUGCAAAAGGCAAGGCCUGGAACUUCUACUCUGUAGGGGAUAUGUUUACAAAUGGAGCUUCUUUUGUCCAAACUGGCCGCAGAGGUACGGCAAAGCCUAACUACAAUAAGGAGCAAACGUUCAAAGUUGGAAGUGCAAACUCUGUCCAGUCAAUGACUAGCUCAGCAGGUGCUUUAACAUGUUCAAGAACAUUGACAUGCUGA